AUGGCUACGGUUCCUCAGUCAUGGCUGGAUGACGCCUUCACAUCUGCGAAGGAAGACUUCAAGAGAAGCCUGAAGAAUCCAGCCUUGUGUGAUUUUUCGAAGCUCACUUCUAUAGAUGAUGUCUUCGAGGAAGCGAAGAAGAUUGAAAGACAGCAAGCAAAAACGAAGACGCUCCGCGGACUGAGGAGAGUUCAACCACUCAUCAAUGGACUCAAAGAGUACUCUGCCAUUAUCGAGCAAUUCGUUCAGGCGAAGCCAGAGAUUAUGAGUCUUAUCUGGGGUCCCCUCAAAUUCAUCCUCCACGCGUCCAGCUCAGUCAUCUUGGCCUUUGAGAGGGUUGUCAAAGUCAUCGCAGACGUUGGAAUGACCCUUCCUAGCUUCAAAGUCUAUACGCAGUUAUUUCAAUCCAAUCAUGAAAUUCGCCGAGCACUAUGUCUAUUUUUCGCCGAUAUCUUAGACUUCUAUGCCAUUCUGUUGAACUUCCUCACCAACCCAAGGCGAAACAUCAUUAUUGAGUCCCUUUGGCCCAACAUCCGCUCAAGCAUCACGAAGAUUCAAGAGAACAUGGAUCACCAUAAGGCCAUCAUGACGACGAAUGUAACACUUCAAGAUAUCCUACUAGCUCAUCAAGCUCGAAAACGUGCCCUCGAGGAGUAUGAUCAGGCACAAACUUUCCGUGAUAACCAGAAUUUCAGCAUUAUCCGAAAUGAAUUCAACCCCCAUGACCACGAUACGGAACUAUCUAGUAUUUUACGCCGGAGCUCUGUCACGUCAGGAGAAUGGUUGAAAGAUGAGCCAGAUUUCAUGAGAUGGCGUGAUCCCGUAUACAGAACCGCCCGAAUCAUGUGGCUUUACGGGAUUCCUGGCUCUGGGAAAACCUUCAUCGUAGGAAAUCUCAUAAGAACAAUGCAAAUCUCCGGGCAGCGAGCAGUGUUUGCGUUCUUAUCUCAUAAUAACCAAGUAGCUAGUGAUACCAUCAAGGUCCUUCAUUCAUUCCUAUUUCAGCUCCUCGAAAACGACCCAUCCCUACGACCACUCCUCCACGAGGCCUCUCAAUCGAACUAUAGGAAACUCAAAAGUGAUCCAGACUUCGUCAUGGAUUUGCUACGUAAAAUCCUCGAAGGAUUGGGGCCUACCUUCAUCAUAUUGGAUGGCCUAGAUGAAGUGGACGAAUACUCCUGGGGGCACCUCCUUGCUAGUGUCUUAAAGAUUAAUGAGAGUUGUCCGGAGACAAAACUACUCAUCAGCAGUAGAGAGGAGCGUGGCAUCGCACUACGACUCAAAAACAGAGCUGUUCCGGUCCGUGUUGAUCAUAAAAAUUCCAAAGAUAUAGAAUCAUUUAUUAAACUUGAGUGUGAGAAUUUACUUCUCGAAAUGAGAGGUUAUGGGGUAGAUGACCAGACUUGUCUCAAAAUUGAGGACAGAAUUAGCAAUAUCCCAGAAAGGGCAGCAGGCAAGUCCGCCGUCCUUGGCAUGUUCAUAUACGCUAGGUUGGUGAUGCUUAUGGUGAAAGACCAGGGAAACCCCCAUGACAUUGAAGCACAGAUAAAAGAUCUUCCAGAUGGUUUGGAUGAGGUGUAUGGAAGACUCCUCGACAGACUUAAGACUAAAUCUUCAAGAACUGUCCAGGUUAUCGUGCGUAAGAUAUUGCAAUGGGUUGCAUGUGCUCAAAAGCCUCUGCGGGAAGAGGAGCUCCUUCAGAUCCUAGCCAUCGAGCCUGGACAGCAGGAUUUCGCAAAGGGACGUAAGCAGUUCCGUGAUAUUUGCAAGAUGUGCGGUCCGAUUAUCGAGAUCAAUAACGAUAAUGUCCAGUUCGUUCAUUUUUCUGCUAAAGAGUAUCUUCUUCAUGAGCAGAGCGACAGUUUUCUGAACCUAUAUGAGGCGCAUAUAGAUGCCACUCUAACAUGCACUACAUAUCUAUCAUUCUCAUCGCUGAAUUCGUUAUUCUCCCUCCAAUCGAAUGUUAUGGCCGAUAUACCGAAGAGAAUCAUGGACGGUGACUACGUCCUGUUCGAAUAUGCAUCUAUAGAGUUUCUAGAACAUCUAAAGGCCUUAGGAAAUCAGAGUGGCGCUCUAGACACCCGCCUCGUCAUGGCUCUAAAUCGAUUGCGGGAGAUUCGAUCCAGUGGCUCCUUGAACAUCUCGUGUGUUCCAAAGCAUGUUGUUCAUAUGUUCAGGAAAUUUGCGGAUGAACCUAAAGUCCAUGCCUUUUUAUCCAUUGUCAUGUACUUUCAAACGAAGGCACAACUCGGGAUGCCCAAUCAAGAUGACAAUAUGAAUUGCCCAAAUGAUCCGCUAAGGGCGCUCUCAGCUAGACGCAAAGUCCGACAAGUCUUGGAAGAUAUGAUAUGUCAAAGGUCAGAUCACAGAACUGGCUGUCGCUGCGAUGAUCUGAAGCGCCUAUAUGGAACCAAUCUGUACUGCUGUGAUCAACCUUUCUGCUAUGCAUACCGAUGCGGAUUUGGGUCGAAACAAUCCAGAGACCAGCAUUUGAAGAUACAUCAACGGCCGCACAAAUGCUCCGCCACCAACUGUUUGUUCGCAGACAUAGGGUUCUGCGAUACAAUAGAGCUACAAAGACACACGCAUGCAGCCCAUCCUUCACAGACACCGGAGAAGACUAUAACAGGCUCUGGCUUAUCGCCAGCUCGACCACUGGAUGAUUCCUUUAAUAUUGUCAAGGAUGCUAUAGCACUUAACCAUAUAGAACUCGUCAGAGAACUUCUAAUUAAGCAUAUAGCAUUUGAAGAGUACCAACGUGGGCAAAUCCUAACAACAGCUGCCUGGAAAGCAUCUGAAGGGUUGUUUUCCUACUUACUCGAUUGGGAUCGUCAGUGCGGAGGUAGGCGAUCAUAUGAUUAUCUGCUAGCAGUUGCGCUUGAAACCGAGAAUCUACCAAAUAUUGGAUUUCUGCUUUCUCGCGGAGCAGACAUGUCAGUGCCGGUCGAUUUAACGACUGGAUCAAGCUUUGCAGCCCCUAGAUCGAAACACUUCAAUAUGUCCGGUUAUUUACGCGCGUUAAGCCUCUGGAGUCCGACUUUGAUGGCUUAUCUAAUCGACGAAUGCCACAUUGACUUCCCCCAGGAAAUCGAGCAGCCAGAAUGGAUUUUUGCCUGCGCAGCGAUUCAAAACGAUACACUCGACCAGGCAAGGAAACGUUUCGAAGGAAUCAAGCAAUAUAUCAUCUGGCCCGAAGCAUACGAGAAAGGCAUUGGUGCUGCUACGCAAUCGCGCUGCUUUCUUGGCGCCAUGAUCUGUUUAGAAAAUGGAGGUAAUCCUAAUGGCAUAUCAGGUGAUCGCACCGCAUUAUAUUCGGCUGUGAAAGCGGGAAAUCAGUACGGAGCUCAAUUAGCGAAGAUGCUCUUACAGCAUGGCGCAGAUCCAGAACACCCUCAAUGUGGGGUUCAAAAGAAUUCAGCAAAGGCGAAGAAAAUUGCGGGAUAUUUUGGGUUGACGUGGGAAGAGAUGGUCCGUAGGAUUAGGGCGGGUGAGGACGUUGCUAUUAUUUCAAGACGUACCAAGAGGGAUGUAUCGGCAUUCUAG